AUGGCUAGUACUGAGCAGUCGAAAACUGGCAAGGCUGAUGUUCACUUCAAGAUGAGAGAGGACUCAGUCGUGGCGGUUGACAAAGCUUCCAUUGAGGAUUUGCAUCACGUCACAUCCAUUGCGAAUGGACAAGGGGAACAGGCUUUCAUCGCAGAUGCGACUUCUGAUUCCAAAUUGAGGUUGAAGAUUGACUUGUAUAUUCUGCCAAUGGUCACCAUCAUUUAUUUGCUCUGCUUUAUUGACCGUGCAAACAUCGGCAACGCGAGAAUUGCUGGUCUGGAGGCAGACCUCAAUAUGAAAGGGUACGAUUUUAACAUUUGUCUGUCAGUUUUCUACAUCUCCUACAUCAUCUUUGAGAUUCCAGGCAACAUUCUCUGUAAGAUUAUGGGCCCAGGCUGGUUUAUCCCAGCUUGUUGCUUGGGUUUUGGCAUAUGCACGAUUUGCACCGCUUUUGUUCAAAGCUUUGCGGCUUUAUGUGGCCUCCGCUUUGUAUUGGGCAUUUUUGAGGCUGCAAUGUUGCCAGCCACCGUUUAUUACUUGUCGAGGUGGUACAAGCGGGACGAGCUUACGUUCCGACUCUCUUUUUUCAUCAUCUCCGCAUCAUUAUCUGGUGCUUUCGGUGGUCUUCUCGCUUCAGCGAUAUUAUCCAUUGGUCGGAUGGGGAGCAUCACCUCGUGGAAGAUGAUAUUCGCUAUAGAAGGAAUUGUCACGGUUGGAUUCGCUUUACUCGGCUUUGCUGUCAUGACAGAUCGAGCAGAGACUGCUAUCUGGCUCUCAAAUGCGGAAAAGGAGCAAAUAUCGGCUCGCAUCAAGGCGGAGCGCAUUGGCACAACCGAGGUUCUAGACAAGUUUGACAGGAAGAAGUUCAAACGCGGCAUCUUUAACCCAGUCGUGCUGGCCACCUCCAUGACGCUUUGCUUUAACAACAUCACGGUCCAUGGCUUGUCAUUUUUCUUGCCAACCAUCGUGAAAACAAUCUUUCCAGACAGGACUGUUAGAGAUCAACAGCUCUUGACGGUCCCCCCCUAUGCAUUGGGAACAAUUACUUGUCUCAUAAUCUGCUAUCUCAGCUGGAAAAUGGACAGGCGGACUAUUUUUCUCAUCCUUUGCCCGCCUUUUUCCAUUAUUGGCUACAGCAUGUUCCUGGCUUCGACAACUGCUCAUGUCAGAUAUGGAGCCACAUUUCUUCCUGUUGUGGGCAUAUUUGCUGUCGGGGCACUCACCAAUUCCCAUGUCUCGGCAAACGUGGUUUCUGACACUGCCAGGUCGUCUGCUGUGGCUACCAACGCUAUGUUUGGUAACAUCGGUGGAUUGGUCUCGACUUGGGCCUUUUUGCCGUUCGAUGGGCCCCUUUACCCAAUCGGAAAUGCUUUAAAUCUGGGUGUUCAAAGUGGCAUUUUCGCAGUUGCCCUGGGCAUGUACUUCUGGAUCAAUCGCAACAACAAAGCCAGAGCUCAGAGGGAUGCCGAGGCCGAACUGGCCGGUAAAACAUUGCUGGAAAUUCAGGAUCUUGACUGGAAACACCCUGGUUUCCGAUGGCACAAUUGA